AGUCCCAUGGGCCGGAUGUGGCCCAUGGGCUGCAGUUUUCCCACCUCUGGGCUAACUCAUGUGAAAGCUACAAACUGCCUUGUCAUCGCUACCGUGUGCCACUAACAUGAAUUAGGGACACACUUUUUUUGUAACUAGCAAAGUCACAAUCUGGUUCCUUUAUUUGGCUCUAUGCUGCUGAUUAGGCACCGCCCCAUUGACAUCAGUUCUCCACCUCCCAAGGAAACCAAAAGUGAAAUCACAGGGCAGAGAGGAGACGAGACUAGAAGAAACUUACUUGGCCGUCCGGACGCUAUGGAGAUGCCCCCGCUGUUUGAGGAACCAAACCCUGGGGACCUGAUAGAGAUUUUUCGCAUUGGAUACCAGCACUGGGCCCUCUAUGUAGGAAAUGGUUACGUCAUCCACCUGGCCCCUCCCAGUGAGUAUGCAGGAGCUGGCUCCUCCAGCAUCAUGUCCGUGCUGAGCGACCGAGCCGUGGUGAAGAAGGACCGUCUCUGGGACGUUGCUGGUGGUGACCGGUACCGAGUCAACAACAAGUAUGAUGGGAGGUGCUCGCCGCUGCCUGUCAGCAAGAUCCUCAUGGAAGCCGAGUUUCUGGUGGGCCAGAAGAUGCGGUACAGCGUCACCAGUGAGAACUGCGAGCACUUUGUCACCAAGCUGCGCUAUGGCCAGCCCAAGUGCGACCAGGUCCAAAAUGCCAUGGUUGCAGGGGCGGUGGGGAUCAUGGGCGUAGGAGCCCUUGUGGCAGUUGCUACAUUCAUUGGCGCAUUGCUCUCUGACAACAAGCAGGAGGAUGAAUAAAGCAAACGUUGGCCUGGGCCAAAGACCUGAGCGAGAUCCAUGGGAGCUGAUCUCUACUGGAGCUGGCUUAGCUUCCCACCCGCUUUCUCCUUUGGGAUCACUGCCCUUGGGAGUUUGUUCCAAUGGUUAAUCACUUGCACUGUGAAACUUUGGUGCCUUAUUUCUAAUUGGAAUGUGUCUGGCUUUAACUUCCAGCCAUUAGGUCUUGUCCUGCCUUUCUCUGCUAGGUUAAAGAGCCCUUUAGUACCUGGGAUUUUCUCCCCCCAUGAAGAUACUUAUACAAAGUAAUCAGAGCAGUAACUAGCUAUUUUUGCGCCCGAGGCAAGAAUAUAAAAUUGCGCCCUUCCCCCUCCGUAUAGUUACUUUGUAAAAAACAAAAAAACAUAAAUAAUAAUAAUAAUGAUAAUAGAAUGUUUAUUUAUUUUAAUCAUAAGAUCCGUGUACAAAAUCAACUAAUACAUAUAAGGUGUGCAUCAUAGUGCAUCAUGAACUGUGGAGGUCGGGGCUCGCAGUCCGGCGCAGAGGUCAGGGUCGGGGCUCACAGUCCGGCGCAGGGGUUGGGCUUGUAGCCCCGCAGCUCCACACAGGGGUCGGGGCUUGCAGCCAGGGUUCGCGGUCGGGUCUCGCAACUUGCAGCCGCGCGCCAGGGUCGGGGCUCGCUACCCCCCACUACGACCCCCAGUUUGAGAACCAAUGCUUUAUAAUUACUGUAGGGUGUAUUCUAUUUAUUUUCCAUUUACAUUGUACAUUUGUCAUCACAUGCAAUGUGCAUAUUAUGUGAUUAUAAUUUUUCAUAAAUUAAUAAUUAAAAAACUUAAUUUGUCUUUUUCUGCGCCCCUCAGCUUUGUGCACCCGAGGCAAAGUGCUUCACUUGCCUCACCCUUGUUACGGCACUGAAAGUAAUCAAAUCACUUCUCAACUGAAGCUAAACUGAUUCAACUCUUUAAAGCUCUCACUGGCAGGCAUUUUUUCCAGCCAUCAAAUCAUUUUUGUGGCUCUUCUCUGCACCCUUUCCAAUUUAGCAACGUGAAUGUUAAAGCAACUAGUGGUUUUGGACAUCUGGGACAUUCUUGGCGAGUGUGUGUAUAAAUCUAGCCAGAGAGAUUCUGCAGCAGAUCUACAAGCUUGCAUCAGCAUUAACAGAUUGUCUGGGUCAUGCUGAACCACGUGUUGUCAAAGAAAUAAAAGCAUUGCUUACAUGCCCGACACUUGGGUACGACCGCUCUCUGAAGGCGUUAGACACAGGUGUGUUUAACAAACGCUCCGAGAAGCCCCAGAUCAGCAAUAUUGUCUUGUGAUAGUUGUUGCUUUUCUUCAAGCCCCAGCUCCUGGAGUCAUGAGAGUAUGAGGGAAUCUCAUCUUUCAAAAGGUUUCUAGCCCUCCUUUGUUUAGAGAAGGGCUUGAACCAUGAACACCAUGACACCAGAUGGCAAACACAAAGAACCCCAAUAGUUGUACUUGUUAAAAAGAAUUCACACAUCUCCUGAUCUUGGGUGGGGGGAGCUGACUCCAUGGUUUUGAAUGGGAUGAUUUGGGGGUGGCAAUGCUAGAACUCCCAUCAGCAUAACUACUGCAAACUCCAGUUAGUUCCCUGCUUGCUCAGUCAGAGCCAUUCCUGCGCAUGCUCCUGAGCUCUGUCUUACUGAAGGGGAGACCCCAGCAGGGGCACCAAUCAAGCAAAUUAUUUAAGUGCAUACUUAACUUUAAGCAUCCAAGAAGUACUAUUAACUAGCUGGGCAUGGAUCAGACCCACUGCCCUAGCAAAGGAAUGCCCCAUAGCCCAUUUCCCAACCCACUGAGCCAGCCAGUCCCCCCACCCUAGGACUGGAUUGGAGCUGCCACCCCUGAGAAAGGAAAGACCCUGUAUCCCAUUCCCCAAAUGCCUGAGCCAACCAUCCACUCAGCUUCAGGCUGGAUUGGAGCUGGUACCCCCUAGAGAAGAAAGGGCCCAGAUCCCAUUCUCUACCCCCCUGAGCUAGCCAGUUCCCCACCGUGGGGCCAGAUUGGACCCAGCACACACUAGCAUUUGACCCACCCACAGCCUGAGCCACUCUGAAACUGGAGCCCGCAUGUAAGGUCAGUAUCUCACUUUCAGUUUCCUUAGCUGAUUCUUCCGAAACCAUGUGGCUUAUUAGAAUCUGAGCAGCAAAUGUCAAUUGGCCAAGUCAUCAGAUACGGAAGGAAAAUACAUUCCAGGCCCUGGUCCCUGGUGAGGCAGGCAGCCAGUCUCCCAGUCUCACGCUGGACUGGAGCUGGUGCACCCUAGAGGGGAAAGGCCCUGUCCUCCACUGCCCCCCCAAGCCAGCCAAGCCCCUUGAUGAGGCAGGUCAGCAGC